CCGGCCGCCGGGCUGCGGGGGCGCGACCGCGCCAGCCCGCCAUGCCAGGCAAGCGUCGCCCACGGGCCGCAGCCCCCAUGGCGGCAGAGGACGAGCUCCUGCUGCUGCAGAGACAAGCGCUGGCGGAGGAGGAGGCGGACAAGACGAAGAGAGAAAUGCUCACCCGGUUCCUGAACGACAAGCUGGCUAAGGAGAAGCGCAGCAGCACCCUGAACCUCCACAAGCUCAACGCGCAGUGGCGGGCAGUGCUGCGGGAUACCAAGGACAAGGAGCUGCGCCAGGACAUGGAGAUCCUCAGCCAGACCUUUGAGCGGGUGAUGGACUGCAAGGACAGCGUCAUCGAGUCUCUGGCCACAGACCUGGAGGAAGCGGAGGAACAGCACGCCCAGGCCCUGCGCAGCCACCUGCACAAUGUUGACCGCCUGCUGCAGCUCCAGCGCUGCCGCCUGACGUGCCUGGAGGAGGGGUAUGAUGCACAGCUGGAGGCCCUGAAGACGGAGUUUGAGGCUGAGAGGAAGACCAUCCUUGAGCAGCACGAGCAAGAACGCUGUUACCUGCGGGAUGUGGCGCUGGCUGCGGAGCAGAAUUACGCCAAGAAUAAUCAUGAGACCACGCUGAAUUUCCAGAGCGCCUGGGAUGACAUCAAGAACAAGAGCCUGCAGGAGCAGCAGUACAGCCGCACACAGCUGGGUGGGAAGGUGGAGGUGCUCUGGGAGCAGUUCCAGCGGACCAUGCAGAGCUACGCGGAGGCCACCGAGCACCAGGUUGCUUUUGAGGCACUGAAGCAGAAGGUCGAGAAGAGCUCCAGGGAUAUAGAGACGCACGUAAAGAAGCUGCAAAAGCUCCAGGACUUGGUCACAGCCACCAAGGGCCAGAUCGCGGCUCAUCUCCAGGAGAGCGAGGAGCAGAACCGGCACAUGCGGGAGAGGAAGGAAAAGCUCCUCAGGCAGCUCCAGGAGCUCAGGAGCGAGAUGAACCAGGCCAGGGCGAAGGCCCAUGGCAGCCUGGCCAGGCUUACGGCGCAGAGCGGUGCUGCCCUGAAGACGCUGGCGCGGGUGGUGGAGAAGGGCCAGCGCGUCCUGCGUCUGGCUGAGAUGUGCCGCAGGCUGGAGACGGAGGAGGAGAAGGUGCUGCCCUUCUACCCUUCCUUGCUGGCAGAGGGGGAGCAGCGAGAUGCCCGGCGAGUCCUUGAGGAGACGCCCACAGAGCCCCUGGCCCAGGUGAGGAGACAGUGCCAAGGUCCCAGGCACUGCCGUGGGGGAGACGAGGGUCAGGAUCCGGCCUCGGGGACAGCCCGGCUGGCGCAUGGACGGGCUGGGGAUCCCCUCGCCUCUUCCCUGCCUCUCGCCCAGGCCAUGUGGGACUACGUGGGGCUGGAGCGCUUUUGGCAGCGGUUCAACAAGGCGAAGCUGGAGGAACAGGCGCUGGAGCGGGAGCGGGCGGCCCUGAGCCAGAGGAAUCAGCGGCUGCGGCAGCUGCUCCGGCAGUACCUGGCGGGGAUCUCUAUCACCCAGGAGAUGCUGGGCCAGCCCAACCCACUCCUCGCUGUCGAGCACAAGAGCUGUGUCCCCAGGGACUUGCCCCAGGCCAAGGGGGGCCACGCAUCCCAACAUCCUCUUGGGAGGGGGAUGCCCAGCCAGACCCCAUCCACGGCUCCACCAGCACCAGCUGAGAAUUCCCCCGGUUCAGACCAGGACACCCUGCCGAGCGCUUGGGAGCACCACAGAAACCGUGACUGCCCGGAGGUGCCAUUAAAGAGCUGA